UGCCCUGAGCAGAAACGCUCGUGCAGUGCGCACUCUCACCGCUCCUCUCACUGCGUUGCUUCCCCGUGGUCUAAUAACCUUGCAUAUUGGGGAGGGGACAUUUCAAGGGGUGGGGGCACCUGCCCCUCUUGCCACCAAGCUGGACUCCCCAGAAGGUGGCACCCUACAGGCUCAGGAAGCAGCUACAAAGAAUGCUGAAACCAUCACUGAGCUGAGAAGUGGGUGCAACUCGGAAGUCGAGCUUGUGAGUUUGUUGGAGGAGCAGCUACCUCGAUAUCGGCUGCGUGCUGACACUCUCACUGAAUUCUCGGGUUAUGAGAAUGCUGACUGGUUCAUCAGUACACCUUGCCUAAAGGAUACUGAUACUCUGGUGGACCUUUCGCCGGAGUUGAUUGAAGAAACGUUAAAUUACUUUGUGCUCUCUGGUGAACGUCUGAGCCAAAUGACCCGAACCUACAAUGACUCGGAUGCUUUAACACGGCUGCUAGAAGAGAAAGAGAGGGAUCUCGAGCUUGCUGCCCACAUUGGCAAAAACCUGCUGGAGGAGAAGAAGGAACUGCGACAGCAAGUAGAAGAACUCGAAGCUAGCCUGACCCAGUGCCAGGACUCUGUCACCCAGCUUCGUCAUGAGCUCAGCCUCAAAGCGAGUCUUUUGCAGAUUUAUUCUGCGCAGGAGGACUCUCCUGACGCUACCACUCCAUGUGAUGAAGAAACAGCAUUUGAAGUUCUAAACCGGAAGAUUUCUAUACUGGAACAAGAAAAUACAGAGUUAAAGUGUGAGUCUCAAGCUCGUAUCUCUAGUCUGGAAACAGAGGAGAAAAAGGAAAUUCAGCUCAUCAAUGACUGUAUCAAGCAGCUAUCCAAUGCAGCUAAAGAAUCAUGCAACUUGCAAGAAGAGUUGUCACGAAGGACAGAGGCCAGCUUGCGGCAGCAAGAGGAGAUUUCGAGCCUCAUGUCACACGUGGCAGAAUUGCAAAGAACUGUUAAGGAGCUUCGGAUGGAAGCGGAAGAAUUACGCAGCCAGCUGAAUGGGAGCCACACUGUGCAGGAAGAGAUGGCCAAAGAGCUCUUUGAAGUUCGCAGUCGAUACGCAGAGGUCCUCGAAGCAUUUCAGGAACUGCAGGCCGAGCUGCGCCGGAAGUCCAGCAUGCCGACCAUGAUGGCUACACGCGAACAGGGUACUGCCGUGGGAGGUCGGGGUGGGGAGUCACUUGCACGGGAGCUCAGAGUGUCACUUGGCAGAGGAGAAGGCGACAGUUUCUUUAAUCUGGAGCGUCCACAUAAGCCAAUGUACAGACAUCGUAGGAGGACACACUGGAGUCAGUCUGAAGAGUCCCAGGAUUCAGAUAACAACGAAGACAGCCAAUAUUCGUCAUUGAGUAGUAUAGGCUUCAGCCCACACAAGGACGUAAGACCCCACCUCGGCGAAUUGGGACGUUGCCACACGCCAGACUCGUUCACAUCGGAAGGGUCUUUCCUGUCACGCGGACGGCUCUUCCGCAUCCCAGACAAGCUGCAGUUGGUGAAGCCACUCGAGGGCUCUCAGACAUUGCAACAGUGGCAGCAGUUGGCCAUGCCCGGUCUUGGUGGCAUCUUUAAGAACAUUGAAGGCAUCAGGAUGAAAGGUGCCCAGGAGGCCUCUUUAUCGCUACAAAUGAAAGGCCUAGCACUUGAAACGCUGUUGUCGAGGGAACAAGAGGUGACACAUCCUGCUUGCAAUUUUGGCUCAGUUCAAUGCGUGUUCACUGCCACCACCAGCUCCGGCUGCACCAGCUCUACAAAUGUGACCAGCAGCUGCAAGGGACCACAGUUGGCAACAUCUGUAUUAACUAGGAUAAAUGCGGUACCAAAGAUCGGGCGUGUUGCGGCAGCUCAGGGCUUGGCAGCGAUUUUGCAAGAGGAAGAUAUCCGGGCUAGUCUUCCGAAGGUUGUCCUUGACAGGCAUGGGGCAUCCUCUCCUCCCCCCACUCCCCAUCCCUCACCCACCAACUCUCGUCCAGGCAGCCCCGAGCAUCGCUCAGUGUCCGACCUGAUGCACAAUGUGAAAGGCCGUCUGCUAAGAGCUUUCAGGGCACCUCGUGACCUGCCAUUUACAAAAGAUCAUUCUGCAGCGGGAAGGACAGCAGACCAGAAACGUGCAACGUUUCAGCGUCAGUGCCUCUUCAAGCAUGGCAUCAACAGUGCACAAAGCUUAGGCACCUCUUAGUAGACUUUUGUAACCCCAUGAGGCAACUUCCCUCAUGGGGCGCAGUGCCUGUGGUGUGCCUAUUAGAAGCUUACGUUCCUAGUAGUUGUUGGUGCUUCCCAUGGUACAUGUAGUUGGGGUAGUUCAAACAUUAAAGUUCUUGCCAACAGGUAGUAUUUAUGUGCUAGUUUUGCAAGUGAGAACAACUAAUUUCCACUGUAGUGUAGGUUGUUUAAUGACGAUGACUUGAACGCACGUUAUUAUGUCUUUCCAACGAAGCACUUUUAAGCUGCUGAUGGCUGCCUUUAAGUCGUCGUCCAGCGAUAGACUUCCCGUUUAUAUAUGUUGUUCUCCUCUGCAAGUUUUAUGUGUUCCCAGGUGUUUGACAAGCUCUGGCAUAUCUUCGUUUUAGGUACUGUCAAAAGUUGCAUUUGUUAUUCUAUGACACACGUGAGACGUAGUAUAAGAUAAUAUCUCUGCAGGAGGAAAACUUUAUUACUGUUUGUUACAAGCUUUGCAACAUGUCAGUGUUGUGCACUGUCCUUGGUAUCGCUCCAUGAGCUGUACAGAAUAAGUAUUAUAGGACCAUUACACAGAUACAAGGAUAUGUACGUAUAAAUAUAGGCCCACAUUCAGUUCUGUGCAAUGAAAACAAUACCUAGAUCCAUUGUAGUUCUCCAUAUAUUUCUAGAGCAGAAGAGAGCUUAUCGUUUACAGGUAUACAAGUAUUUUGCAUGUUACAUGUGAUAAAUAUACACGUACCAAAAUAGUUUGUCUCCACUCUGGGCCUCUGUAUGAACUGGAACAUAAUUUGCAUGGCCUUGCUUUGAUGUGUAACUGCUGGCUCCACCCACUGGCCAGAAAAGGAAUACACUUCCUGAUGAUGUUUUCAGAUGUUAAAAUAUCCCAUUUUUGUACAUGCUUACACCUAGAUAUUGGAAAUAGUUUUUGUGGCUGAAUAGAUUUCUUCCUGAAGGUAUCUUAAGACCGCAGCUGGACACAUACAUGCUCAUUUUGAUUCAGUAUUGCUCAUUGACUGUCAUGGAGCAUGCUCUAGUUAUCGAAUGGUAAAUACCACCCCCCAAAAAAUCAAAAACUGCUGUGGUUGUCCACCGCUUCGGGAGCAAGGUCAGGUAAGCAGCAUCCAUUCCAGUUCAUAUCAGGGUGCAGAGUACGUUUUGACCACUAGGCUCCUGCUGUACAAGAAGGUUCAGGUGCCAACAUGGAAAAGAAGUGUAUAAAUCUAUGUGAUUGUUCUGUUCGUGUGGUAUACGCAUUCCCCGUCAGUGCCAGUAUGUUAGGCAUUCUUCAACGUGUUCUGGCCAAUGAGACCACGGUCGAAAUGCAGCUGUGGCCAAAAAUUAAUAAACUUUCAGCCCAAGUAUCAAUGUGCCCAAGGUACAUAAACAGCUAUACAGUCAUAUUUAAUGAUUGCUAGAAUGCCUUUUGUUUGUAUUACCUGGGAGUAGGCAUUCCCUCUAAUGCUGAUUAUAGUUAGCCUUCGUAUGCAACUGUAAAAUGCAUGUGUUGCAGUGCAUCCAAACACUGUGUUAAUGUACUGGUGUGUGUAUUACGCAGAAUAUUUCAUUUGUUCUUGACAUACAGUGCAGUACUUGGUGACAGCUAUGCGCUAAAUAUUUGCGUAAUUGGGCUUCUGUGGUUGUGUUGCCUUGUUGCUUGCUCUGGUGUUAUGUGGCUGCAUUACUAGCUCACCAUUAUAGAGUAUAUUGAGAAUGAAAGACAUUGUUGAGCCAUCUCAAAAUAAGCUCUAGCUACUUAAUGAAAAUGUGAUAAAUUGUUCUUGCAUUACACGUGUGUAACAAGUAGACUAGUACAAAAUUGAGGUGGAGCGGGGGCAGUUAAACAACGUAACAUUUCGAACUAAUGCCCUGUAUCAGAUGAAUGGAAAUGUGACAAAUGGGAGGAUAGUACAUGUCUGUAUACAUGAGCCUCAUGUGAAGAAUCAGAAUUGCAAGAAAAAAAAUACGAAGCUAGCUUGUCGUUCGGGACGUGGGUGUUCAAACAGUAGAUCAGAUAAAUUUGUUUGAACUUGAAAAAUUAUGCUGAGCAAUGAAUGGGGCGGUUCGUUAUAUUCAAACUCAUAUAUUCAAAUUCCAAUAAAUGUGAAUGAUGUUGGCUGGUGUAGUACUUGACUACCAGACACUGAAAGGUCCUCUACAAGGGACUUUCUCUUGCUCACGGUCGUUAUAUGCUGAGUGUGUGUGCACAAACACUUUAGCUAGCCAGCACGCAGCAGAAUGUACAGCUGUCUACACAGGUGAUCAUGUCGUGCAACCCAUUUGUCCAGGAGGUCAUAUUUUUAGUUCUCCCAUACUCUCUCAGCAGUACCCAGAUAUUUUGUUCUUGUUCUCGUGUGUGUGUGUGUACCAUGCAGGUCGAUAGAUAGACUUGUAUUGUGUGUACAAGGCUAGCUAGUCUGAGGACUUUGUUGUCCAAGAAAAUCUUUUAAAGCAUUUCAAGUAAUAAAAUGAGGUGUUGACAUUA